AUGUUAUGGUGGCUGGUAUUACUUGCUGCUGCAGUAGAAAGUAGCUUGGUGAAGAUAGAACAAGGGUUGGUCCAGGGGAUCCCCGCUGAGGAUGGCGACUAUGUGAUGUAUAUGGGUAUACCGUACGCCGAGGUAGACAGGGAGAAUCCUUUUGGGACUGCAAUACCCAAUCCAAAAUUCGAUGGAAUAUUCCUGGCUAACGACGACACAGCUAUAUGCCCACAAGUGAAUCAGUUCACCAACACUAUAACCGGGUCUUUGGACUGCCUUCAUGUCAAUGUCUACGUUCCAAACACAACUGCCAAGCUCCCAGUAUUUGUGUGGAUAUAUGGUGGUGCUAUGGUACGAGGAUUCGCUAGCAGAUUCUUGUAUGGACCCAAAUUCUUAGUUCGUCACGAUGUUAUUCUAGUAACAUUAAAUUACAGACUUGGCCCAUAUGGAUUUAUGUGUUUAGGGACAGACAAAGUGCCAGUGACCCAACUCCAACGACAUCAGAACUGUUACCAGUGCGGUGGAGGGCCGCCCAACGAGACGCUCUGCAUUGUCUUCAGAUAGAUUCAACAUUAUCAAGCUGCAAACGCCCCAACCACAGACCUCAUGCACUAUGGGACUUGUUUUAUAAACUACUGCAAUAAACAAUGUUUGAAAA